UCAUUAUAACAGCCUUAAUUACCUUUUAAGGGAAGUCUUACAUCGUUCAUUGCAGGGAAUUCAUCACACUAGUCGUGUGAUACAGGACUACUACAACGCUACCAGUGGAGACGAGAACGUGAUACGUCUUUACCAUUUCAAAAUGAAAGGCGGAAGUCAGGAAGAUAUGCGUAUCGUAAGAGAUUACGGAGACAGGCUGACACAAAAAUACAGAGAAGUUAUGGCUAAAAUUGCAUUGUAG